AUGCGCCACUCAGCCGAUGAUUUUGAGCCCUUGAAAGUCUUGGGCAAGGGCGGGUAUGGCAAAGUGAUGCUUGUGAAGCAAAAGUCAACGGGCAGGUUGUUUGCUCAAAAGCAGCUGAAAAAGGCGAGCAUGAUUAUCAGGGCCAAGACGAUUGAGUAUACAAAGUCAGAGCGCCAGAUUCUGGAAGAUGUUCGACAUCCAUUCAUUGUCAAGCUGUUUUACGCAUUUCAGGAUCAUCACAAGCUCUACCUUAUCCUUGAGUACGCAGAAGGUGGCGAGCUCUGGACACAUCUCGAGACGGAAAAGAUGUUCUCUGAGCAAGUGGCGGCAUUCUACGUCGCUGAACUGGUUUUGGCCCUGUCGCAUCUCCACGCACAAGGCAUCAUCUACCGCGAUCUAAAGCCAGAGAACUGUCUGCUUGAUCGCGAGGGACACCUGAUCUUGACUGACUUCGGCAUCAGUAAAGUGGCAGAGGAUGGUGCUGAAUGUCGCAGCUUUUGCGGCACCACUGAGUACAUGUGCCCUGAAAUGUUGCUGGAGCAGCCGUAUACCCUUGCUGCUGAUUACUGGUCGCUCGGUGUCUUGCUCUUUGAACUUUGCGCCGGUCAUCCACCGUUCAGCGGCAAUAACAAGAAGAAGGUGCAAGACAAGAUUCUAUCCUCAAAGCUGACACUGCCCUUUUACAUGUCAGCUGAGGCCAAAGACUUGAUUGGCAAACUCCUGAAAAAGGUACCCAAGGUCAGGCUUGGUGCGCGCGGUGCUGAGGAUGUGCCGGUCAUCAAAGCGCACCGCUUCUUCCGCAAGCUAGAUUGGCGAAAAUUGGAGCAACGCGCUCUGGAUCCGCCCAUCCAGCCCAUCAUCACGGAUCCAAUCUUGGCGGAGAAUUUCGCCGCUGAAUUCACGUCGAUGCCCCUGAAUACACCCAUCAGCCAUGAAACAAAGACGGCUGCCGGUGUGGCGAUUCCGAGUGAGCCUGUGAUUGCAGAGGAUUCACUGACUUUUGACAAGUUUACGUUUGUGGCGAGUCCAAAUUUCUUCCAGCAGGCUGGGAUGUGCUGA